ACAUUUUAAGUCAUUUCUAUUUCAAUGGCAGGGAAUGCCAAGGUUACCAUUGUUUGUUUUGGUUUUAAAUGGAAUUAAAAUACUUGCUGUCUUCACUGAAUAGGUAAUUCUCCAUAUUCAUCUUGAAUUAGUUUCACUGACACUUAUUCAUUAGUUUGCUUUGUUAUGAUCGUAAGAAUAUGUCUUUGUUCAAUGUGAAAAUCGCAACUCACAUUUCCACUGGUUUGUUUCCGUGAAAGAGUUGUGGACUCUGUGGCUUUACAGUCUGGAUCUGAGGUUUUUCUGAGGUCUGCAAACCAGAAGCAUGUCUUCACUUUGACUUCAAGACAGAGUGCAAAUUAUCUGUUGGAUGGCCACUCCUUCUUGCUGGCUGCACACGUCACUUUAUUUCUUUCUAAAAAUCCUGGUUAGACGUAAUUCUAAAUCAUGGAAGAAUACAGGCGAUACAUGUUACUGACAUGUAUUUUUUGUUUUACAUUUCAAGUGGGCCCAUUUAAAUAUGUCCUAAUUGAUGGUUUGGAACAUAUCUAUACGUGUUUGGUCAUUAAAUGGAUAAGUGGAUGGUGAAGUAUCAGAGAGCUUUUAAUUGGGCCUCAGUUUGGGCAAAAACACAUUCAAAAGUAUUUUCACACGCCAGCCAACAACAUCCAACUUGUCUGUACAUUCACCCUUCAAAUAUUCUUUGAGGAAAAGUCUCCCAUAUGAGACGCCCACAAUUCAGUCAUUUGGGAACCCAAUAAAAACAGACUAAUGAAAAACACAAGCUGAAGCAUAUUAAGGCAUCGUAAAUUACUAAGAGGUCAUAGUGAGCCUAAGUACUCUGCUUUUUGUGAGCUUUAUUACGAUCUAUUAAUGAAGUUGAGACAUAAUUUUGCUGCAUGUGGAUAACAGCUGAUGACCACACUCUUAGAAUGUAAUGUGGGAGGAAAGAAUCUUAAAGCACACCAGUUGCUGGGUGUGGAGUUGUGUCAUCAUCUGAAAGAAUGUUGUUUGUCGAUGGAUGCGUUUAUUGUGCGUGUGAGUUAAAGGAUACGUUUCCCUGGAUGUUGUAAAGUUGAGUGUUUUGGCAAACAAUUGCCAUCAUGUGACCUUGCGCACUGGUCGUUUGAGGUGAAUAUUGACUCGCGUCCCCCAAAAUGAAUUAACUUUCUGCCAAUAAUAUGAAAGAAUAUAGAUUUUACUUGGAACAAAAUGCUGAAGUUGCUUUUUCACGUUCUUUACAUCCUGUUUCUUUGAGCUUCUCUGUCCUUCAUUCUCUUUCUAAGGCUCCCCCUCCCAUUCUCCUUCCCCUUCUUUCCCUCUCCAUGGGGCCUCUGUGCUUCCAGAACUGGAGGCCUCUCUCUUCCCCUUUCCUAUUGGCUUAUUCUGGCCACAUGGUUUAAGGAGUGGGCUGCCCUCCUCCGCUAUCUGCCCAGUUCUGUGAGUGAGUUCACAUGGAAUAACUCUACAGCUGCAGCGGGACGAGAACAGGGGCUGGGAAGGAUACACUUACUUAGUGAGAGUCGGCGAGCCCAACAUGGACAUGGCUAAUCUAUUCAAACAUUUCUUCCGAAUUGGAAAGGUGAAGAGUCGGAAGGGCGGUCUGAGAGACACGGCCUCCAACUCGGACACUGACAUGUACGCAGACAACGGCGAGCGGCUCUACGAUCUAAACGUCCCAGCGCUGGUCAAGUUCAGCUACGCAGCGGAGCGCGAGGAUGAGCUGUCCCUGGUCAAAGGAACCCGCGUGAUCGUGAUGGAGAAGUGCAGCGACGGCUGGUGGCGCGGCAGCUAUAACGGACGUUCUGGCUGGUUUCCAUCGAACUACGUGACGGAAGACGUGGAUGGGACGGCGGGGGGUGGUGGAAUCAGCGGGUUCGGGGACACCUCUGGAUCUUUAACGGAGAAGCUGGCGGCCGUGGUGAACAGCACGACAAAUGGUAACAGGGUGUUGCACACAGUCCAAGCACUCUACCCUUUCAGCUCCGUCAACGACGAGGAGCUGAACUUUGAGAGGGGGGAGGUGAUGGAGGUGGUGGAGAAGCCUGAGAAUGACCCGGAAUGGUGGAAGUGCCGUAAAGCAGAUGGACAGCUUGGCCUGGUGCCUAAAAACUACGUCAGUGUGCUGGACUCGACCUCCCAAAAGCCCACAGCUGGACCCGCUGGGCCUCCCACACCUGACUGUGACUACAUCUCGCCAUCGAGCAGUGGCCGGUUCGCAGGGAAGGAGUGGUACUAUGGCAAAGUGACGCGUCACCAGGCAGAAGUGGCACUUAACCAGAGAGGAACGGAGGGAGACUUUCUCAUACGAGACAGCGAGUCAUCGCCGAACGACUUCUCCAUCUCGCUGAAGGCCCAGAGCAAGAACAAGCAUUUCAAAGUUCAGCUAAAGGAGAACCUUUACUGCAUCGGACAACGCAAGUUUAACUCCAUGGAGGAGCUAGUGGAACACUACAAAAAGGCUCCCAUCUUCACCAGUGAGCAGGGGGACAAACUGUACCUGAUCAAGGCUCUGGCUGCCUCCUGAUCCCGCUGUGACACAUCCACAAGAUUGCAUCCAUAUAUAUAGAUAUAUAUAUAUAUAUAAAUGUCUAUAAAUACAGCAGAGCAUACGGUAAAGUUCAAUGCGUGAGAACUCCACCAGGACUAUUUGUGAGCAUUCCAAGAGGAGCGACGGAAACAAUGGACUCCUAAGACUGCAGACCUUUUGGUCACUUAUUUAAUACCACCCACACCAUUUAUUUCCACCUUUUUCUGUUAGCAUUUAGAUUUUUUUUCCUGUUCAUAAUAUAUAAUCUUUUUACCUUUCUUCUUUUUAAUGUGAUCUUUUUUCUAAUCUCGUGUGGCUUUUUUCACGACAAGGUUUUUACAGCUCAAUGUUUUUUCGACACGCUAAUCUGUGACCUCUCGUAACCCUGAAUAAACAUUUGAGUGACCAAAACAUAUUUAUUGAUUCUAUCAGGUGGUGGAGAUGUCGCACUGUGCUUGUGAGGAUUCUUCCACACCAAUGCUCAAAGGAAGUGCUUGUCGGCAUGUUGCUGUAUUCACCUGACCUGUGAAUGUUCGGCCGCGGUCGAACGUCCGGGGACUGUACACGCGAAUGAACACGUCAAUGCUGUCUUCAUGGAGCCGAGUACUCGACAGAUCAAUGUCAAUCCUUGUAGGUCAUGUGACGAGUCAAAGCUGUUUCUGUGAAAAGGCUUGUCCCGCCCGCUCAUCUGAAACUUUGUCAUGGUCAAAUCAUCUGCACAGUUUUUGGUGGAAAGAAGAUGAGUCAGAUGUGCCGCUGCCGUAUUUGAGACCUCAGUAUGGUAACUUGUCCAGUUAUAUUGAAUAUAGUGAAAAUUUGGUGUGAUUUAUGAUGCAACAACCUACAUUUCUAAUUGCAGCGUUCAAUUUUACGUGCAAAGAAACAAUAAUGGUGGUGGGACUGAAGGUUGUUACCUGCUGUUGUUGGCGUUGCUAUUUUAGUCAUGCAUUAUUUAGUAAACAGACAACCUCACAAAUGAAAAGCGACACUGUAUCGAUACAUCUUAUUUAACAUGCUGCGUUAAAAGACAAAAACAAAAUCCCAGUUACCUCACAGAGAUGACAGAGACUACCAUGUGGACCAGCCUCAGACCUGAAACUGAUCUUGUGUGAAGAUGCAGACAGAUCAAGUUGGCACUGCGAGGAAGAGAAAAGAUCUGCAGUCUGUGGUGUAUUACCUUCUGCGAUCAUGUGACCUGUCAAAGUUGCUGAAGUCUGACAGCUGACGCUUCCUCUUGUUGCCUCAGGGAGAGUAUCUCUGCGGAAAGAGGAAGACCGGAGGUCAAAAUAUCAGAUGUUUUCUGCAGCAUGUGAAGGAAAACACAGACACACUGUGAUGAUGUCAUUUCUCCUGAAUUGGUGAAAGGCACUCAGUUCGAAAUUGCACUCUGGACUAUUACUGUAUAGAUCUUGCAUGUCCAUCUUGUGCUUCUGCAUUCACUCUGCUUUCCUCCCAUUGUCCAAAAUGAGCAUGGAGAUUAAUGGAAGACUUUGAAUGUGAACUGGAGGGAAUUCCUGAUGGGGCUAAAUGAAGUGGAGUGGUAGGGCGUCCCAUGUUUAUACGUGUGAUUCUUGUGCUGGACCUGAAAUGCAUUGGUCUCAGUGACCAUCAGACGCUGCCUUCACAACGGCGGUGCACUGUGAACCAAGCAGACCAAGUCGGAGUUGGUGUCUUCUUGAAUGCGGCAGAAGGGGUGUUGAGACUGUGCUUGACAAGUUGGAGAAGAUUCUCUGUGCACUAAGACCUUGGAGCGUCACCAGAGUCUGCUCCUUGUGCCUAUCGAUUAAUGCACGCUAAAGAGAAGUUGGGAUGGAGCAGCAGCGUUGGCCGGCAGCCGCUGCAGCCCCGGGAGAUGAUGAUGAUGAUGAUGGUUGCAAUCGCUUGUGAUGAGUUUUCCAGCUGCGGCCAGUUGAACCAGAUCAAGAGAGGGAGGUAGAGAGAGGGAUUUCACAGAGGGGAAAUGGAAAAACAGCCCCUCAAAACAAAAGGAUUGAAGGGUGGGACCUGGAAGGAUGUGAUGGUCUUGAAUAUCACUUCCAGUCAUUUUUGGGCGGUGAAGUGGACUGAAGCCAACUUUGAUACAGCAGCUUGGAGCAUUCAAGGGUUUCUCGAACCGUGAGCUUCGACUUUUUAUUCAAACCUGACUUAACUUUUUCAAACUGACCACCAACACAUCAUGAAAUUGAAAUGGCCAGACAUUCUUGACAGAAAAACAAACAAAAAAAACGUGUGCGUAAUAUACUUUGAGUCACCAAUGUUUUCUUUUCCUCCUAAACUUUGAGCUAAAGUGAUAAAAAGGCCAGCGCAUCAUGCCCUAGUUGGAAGGAUUUUGGGAGAUUAUCAUGUGCCUUCACAGCUUUCCAUCAACCAAAGGUUUAGUCCGCUUUUUUUUUUUUUUUUUUUUUUUUAAUAUAUCUCGUCCUCCCCAUCAUUUUGGUUAAAGCUUUGCAUGUGUGUCAGUGGGGUGUGAUUAGUGAGCGAAUAAGUGUCCUCAUUCUCUGCGGAACAUUCUAUUUUUGUCAUGUGUAAAGCCCAGAGUUGAUAAUGUGUGCGUUGUAUCAAGUGACCUUACAUAGCGCUAUGUAAGAACCAGUGCCCUGAGCAGUUGUGUACACAAAUGAAAAGACAUACAUCUGUAAUUUAUAACAAGACAUUCACCUUAACACUUCGGCCAUUUGAGUAUGUACUGUAAAAAGCUCCACCACUAAGUACUGAAGUUAAAGUCUGCUUGCGUUAUCGAGAAACUGUUUUUAGAGGCUGAAAACAAAUGUGUCUUGAUGAUAUCGAGAGCAAAACAGCUUGUUCUUUUUGGUGCUUUUGUGCUGCUUAAUACCAUUUCUUUGGUGUUCUCUGUCUCGCCAAGUUUCUGUUUCCUGUUCGAGAAGUCAGCGGCUCCGUGUUACGGAAUGAUAAAGGCAGUGCUGUGAAAUUUAAUGUCAUGCUCUUAAUACUGUUUUUAUGGCGGGAGGGAGGGUUGUCGUCGGCAGGUGUAAUAUUUUAGAAGAGUUUAUUAGAGUGUUGAAAAAGUCAUA